CAACAAAAAGCAUCUCUCAAUAGAAGAAUCUCUGUUGGCACUUGCCAAAAAUCCUCUCUUUUACUCAAUGCAUAUACUGUAACACUUUUACACAAUGCUUAGUUUUUCCUUCUAAAAAAGCAGUCUUUUUUUCAAUACAGAGAAAGCUUUAGAGAGAGAGAGAGAGAGGAGAAGGAAUGGAGAGACGAGUGAUUAUAGUGUGCUGUGUUGUGGGUUUUCUUGGGCUGUUAUCUGCUGCCACAGGCUUUGCUGCUGAGGCUAAGAGGAUUAAGGGUAGCCAAGUUAUGUUUCCAUCCCCUUCUACGUGUGUGUAUCCGAGGAGUCCUGCGCUAGUCCUCGGCUUGACUGCAGCGGUUUCUCUCAUGAUGGCUCAAAUUAUAAUCAACAUUUCGACUGGAUGCAUUUGCUGCUGGAGAGUCUCUCAUCAAUCAAGCUCUAGUUGGACUACAGCCCUCGUGUGCUUUGUCGUCUCCUGGUUCACAUUCGUCGUCGCGUUUCUUCUGUUGCUCACCGGUGCGGCUCUCAACAACCAGCACGGCGAGGAGAACCUGUACUUCGGCAACUACUACUGUUACGUCGUGAAACCGGGUGUUUUUGCUGGAGCAGCGGUCCUGUCCCUCGCCAGUGUGACUCUCGGGAUCUUCUACUACCUCGCCUUAAUCUCCGGUAAGGAUGGGAGCGAAGCGUGGGGCGCACCUGUUCCUCCCGGCCGGGGUGCUAUUGCCAUGGGACAACCUCAGUUCCCGCCACAGGACACGGAGGCCCCUCCUGUCUUCGUGCACGAGGACACGUACAUGAGGAGGCAGUUCACGUAGGUUUUCGAGCUCAGGAGCUAUGGUGGUUGGUGGUGAGGAGUCUGUUGAUAUGAAUACAAAUAGUUUUGUUUGUUUGAUCAGAGAUUGUUUCUAGUUUUCUCAUGUUUUACUUGUAUUUUUCCGUUUGGGUAUAUUAUUUUUGUAGGCAAAAGUGGAACUAUGAUUCCAAAGGGCAAAUAUUUUUUGGAA